AACCCAUAUCAAGAAGCAGCAGAAGCUUCUCUCUCUCUCUCUCUCUCUCUCUCUCUCUCUCUCUCUCUCUGCUUCUCCGAUCGCAUUUCCAUUCAUUUCUCGCACCCAAACACAUCAAAAUGACCAAGCAGAAUGUGGUUUUUUCCGAAGCCGAUAUUCUUUCGAACCCCGGCAUUAACAUGGCAAUAACGGUCGUAACCAAUACGCCCAUUUUCUCCUACGCUGCAUCAACGACUGCGAAGAAGCCGCCGACGGGCAGUUGCAUCUCAAUUUCUCAAAAGAAGCUGCUGAAGCUGGAGACAGGCGGUGGGAGAAUCAAUGCAUGGGUGGAUUCGAUGAGAGCGUCGUCCCCGACGCAUCUUAAGUCGACUGCGUCAUUGUCCGUGACCACCCCUGUCGACGAUCAGAGCUCUUGGAUCCUGCACCAUCCCUCUGCUUUAAGCAUGUUCGAGCAGAUUACGAAUGCAUCGAAAGGAAAGCAGAUCGUGAUGUUCUUGGAUUACGAUGGCACACUGUCGCCGAUCGUCGACGAUCCGGAUAGCGCUUUCAUGUCCAGUGAGAUGAGAGUGGCCGUUAGAAACGUGGCGAGAUAUUUCCCAACUGCUAUCGUGAGCGGGAGGCGCAGGGACAAGGUCUAUAGCUUUGUACGGUUAUCCGAGCUCUACUACGCCGGUAGCCAUGGCAUGGACAUUAAAGGUCCAGUCAAUGGCCCCAAAUACAAGAAAAUCAAGGGUAGCAAAGCGAUUCUUUUCCAACCUGCGAGCGAGUUCUUGCCCAUGAUAGAUGAGGUUUAUAAAGCGUUGUUAGAGAAAACCAAAUCAACGCCAGGAGCUAAAGUGGAGAACAACAAGUUCUGUCUAUCUGUACACUUCCGAUGCGUUGAGGAGAAGAGAUGGAGUGCCUUGGCCGAGCAGGUCAGAUCAGUGCUGAAGGAGUAUCCCAAGCUACGACUGACUCAAGGGAGGAAGGUGUUAGAGAUUCGUCCCACCAUUAAGUGGGACAAAGGCAAGGCCCUUGAAUUUUUAUUAGAAUCACUUGGAUUUGCCAACUGUAAUGAUGUGUUGCCGGUGUACAUAGGCGACGAUCGAACCGAUGAAGAUGCUUUCAAGGUUUUACGUGAUAGGGGACAAGGGUUUGGCAUUCUCGUUUCCAAAAUCCCAAAAGAAACAAAUGCCACUUAUUCUCUCCAAGAACCUGCCGAGGUGAUGGAUUUUUUGCAUCGCUUGGUGGAGUGGAAGCGUGUCUCACCGCGAGGAGAUGCGAGGGUGUAGAUAAUAAAAGUCAGUUUAUGGGUGUAGAAAUAUAUGUAUUUUCUUCUUUAGUAAAACAGAGAAAAAAUGGAGCCUUUUGAACCUUUUUUUUUUUUUGGUUUUUUUCCUUCUUCUUCUACUUAUCUUUUUCUUGGCUUAAAAGCCCUCGGAAGUUGGCUUUCUUGCCAUUACACGAGAAUCUAAGUUGUUUACCAGUGUAACUAGUUUUAUCUGUAAUGAAAAGGGGAAAAAAAAGAAGUAAUUUUGCCAAUCGCCCACAUGGGCGAAAGAGUUGAAAGUAUAUUGAAUGGAAUGAUAUGGGAUCCACUAAAGUAUAGCAA